AUGUCACACGCAGCGCGGCGAUGUCAAGACAGCAAGGAAACGCGGACCUACAACAUCAGUGUCGUUGGACUUUCCGGGACCGAGAAGGAGAAGGGAAGCUGUGGAAUAGGCAAGUCGUGCCUCAGCAGCAGGUUCUCAAGGCCAAGAGCGGAUGACUAUCACCACACGGAACACACUUCGAUACUGAGCCAAGUUGAUUUCGGCGGUCGGGUCAUGAAUAACGACCACUACCUAUACUGGGGCGGGGCAACGCGCACCGCUGACGGGGGACGAGAGUACGUCUUCAACGUCGUCGAACAAACCGAAUUUGUUGACGACGCCACUUUCCAGCCACACAGGAGCUCCGACUCCCGGCAUUACGUCAAACGCGCGGCCGCCACCAGGCUCGCCUCGGCCGAAAAGCUCAUGUACAUUUGCACUGACCAACUGGGAGUCGAGCAAGAUUUUGAGCAGUAUCCAAUGCCCGACGGUAAGCUGCACAUUGACGGCUUCCUGGCGUGCUUCGAUGUAAGCGUUUCCGCGCAGAGAACGCUGCGAGAUCAGUUGAGGUUUCUGGAGGAGUUGGUGUCGCAACUUGUGAAAUUAAAGAAGCCCAUUUUGUUGGUUGCCACAAAGUGUGACGUGUUGGAUGAGCAGCACCUGAAGGAACUUCGAGCGUUUGCCUCUGAGAAAAAAGUUCGCCUGCCGAUAGUCGAGACGUCAGCAAGUGACAAUGUGAAUGUGUCGGCAGCAUUUCUGACUCUUGCGCAGAUGAUUGACAAGCCGAAAGGAAAGCCAAAGUUGGUGCCGUUUGAGAAGGCCGCCAAGCAAGUCAAGGAACACCACCAAAGUGCCAUUAAGGAUUAUAAUUCUCGGUUGACAAAAAUUGUCACAGACUACCGCGUGACCUGGCAGGUGACCGGCAAGCAACUGGAUGACUGCCCGGAGUACGUCCAGCUUGUGGACUUGCUGGGUGCUAACAGGGCUGAAAGUUACUUUCGAGAACACAUCACGCGUUUGAAGGCUGCACAUAUCGAAGGAAAGGUGGCACAAUACAUCAGCUCUCUGCCCGACGCUUUUAACUCAAUGAGCCCUGACAUCACGGACAUUGUAUCCCUCAGCUGGGACGAGGCUUUGCUGCUCUUGCGGAAGAAACCAAAGUUUGGAUUGUGGUUUGUCGAGCUGUCCGAUGGGGUGCUGAGGAAGAAGGAGGAAAUGAAGGGAGCCCUUCGCGACACGUUGGAGAAUUCUGGCGAGGUGUUGCCAGGGAGGCCGUGGGAUGACGCACGGUCGUUCCUUAUCGACGAGGAGGGCUUGCGGACGCCGUGCGGGCGAGGGCGCGUUUUAAUCUACCGAGAGUGCCGAGGCAAGAUGACGGAUGAAGCGAAAGACGAAUACCAGGAGCUGCUCCUCGAGCGCUCGGAAACGUUCGCCGGCGUGGACAGAAACGAAGCGUUUGACCGCAACGAGAUAGCGGAGAUUCACCAGGACCUGGAACGUGACGGUCGCCACGAGACGCUCAAGUGGGCGCCUGCCUUGAGAGAUGCGCUGAUCCUGAAACACGUGUUCUCUGUUCGUCACCCAACCAGGGAGUCUUGCUUCAGCAAAGAUAAGUGCACUGACCUGCAAAUUCCGCUGCUUCUCUCAAGUGCUAUUCCCAAAUUGGUAAGCAAACGUUCGGAAUCUUUAAUCAAUUUUGACAGUGCGGAUGCAUUUGAUGUCAUAAUAUUCGGUAGAGAUGGCCUCGCAAGCAAACUUUGCAGCGAAAUCAAACAGCAAUCGGCCGGAAAUGAGUUCACGGUGAAUGGGAAGGUUUAUGAGUUGGAACUGAAAGCAAUGGAUGGAGAUGUGACGGGCUUUGCAAACAUCAUGCAGAGUAACGUUUCUCAGCCCAGCGGAUGUCUGUGUGCUUUCAACUCAUUGAAAUCGUUAAAUUACAUCGUAGACAGCCUAGGAAGAGUGAAUUCUUGUGCUUCCUUCAUAAAGAAGGAUGGCCUCUCGAGCUGCAUUCCUGUUGCUUUGAUGCUGGCAAAUCAGAAGGACGUUACAGACAGAAAGCUGCCUUUGCUACGGCAGCAAGCCCAGCAAGCGGCCGACAAGCUACAAGUCUCUUUUAUCGAUUGCCCUUCUGAGAUGUCAUCUCGAAAACAAUUCCAUGAAACACAGAUCAAACGUGCCCUGAGUCAGAUCGUGAAUGCUUGCCAGAACACGACCCUUCUGCCCGACCCAUUCAGCAGCCCAGAGUCUGGCGCGCCCGACGUGAACAUCACCAUGUGUCUGAUGUGUGGAGACCCUUUCGACAUUGGCACGGUCCUAACGCCCUUUCUGGAAUUCUGCAGCAGUGGGCAUCCUGCUGGCAACGACUGCAUGAAUCUAGAAAUGUCUGUGGGAAUGCAGAGCAGAAGGAUCAAGGUUACCGUCAUCUCUUACCACGCAGCAAUGCUGAAGCGUGAAGAGCUCACCCAUGGCUACGUUUUGGUGUAUUCUGCCAAAAGAAAAGCUUCCUUUGCAAUGCUUCGAGCAUUCCUCUCCGACGUAACAGAGGCCAUUCCGGUUCUGCUCGUGGCCAUCACUGACAGCUCCGCAGAGUUUCUGGAAAAUGCGCUGGCAAGAGAACUUUUCCCCGAGGGCAGCCGUAUUGCGAAUGAGAUCGGAGCCGAGUCCAUUGCCGCACCCGCACAGCCGCAUUUUCACCGACAGAAGGAAUAUCUAAAGACGUUUUUCACCAAAGUUUUGGAGACGAAGGCUGUGGUUGAAGACGACUACAAGAGUGGCCGCACUUUGGAAUCGCGCAACGAAACGCCGCGGCAUGCGUCAUUGCCGUCAUUGACGUCGCCACCCGAGAGCGACGAUGACGAGGGCCAGCCUCGGUACGGCACAACGAGCGAUGAAGCUCAGCUUAUUCCAAGCACCACGCCCCGUGUAAAAUCCACGGGGAAUAUGAAUCCACUCACGUGCGCCAACAUAACGAGCCAAGACAUCGAGAGGACACGCAAGAAGUCGCUCCCUCCUCCGAAACCCAAACCCGUUAUGGAGAGGCCGCAGGUAAACAAAUCGGAGCCCAAACUUCUCGAGAAGAUAAACGGCAGCGUCCGCAAGGCACCCGUGAGACCUCAGGGCCCUCCGAAAGCUCCCGUGACGUCACCGGCGGACUCGGAGUCAACCGAGCUUCCGCCAGUGCAGGGUGGCGAGAUGCGGUCGAUGGCGAAGCCGUUUGGUCGUGCCAAACCGGCGGGGCCGAACGGAGACGGUGCCGACGGCGGCGGCCCACUUGAGCGUAGGCCGAGAGUCCGGCGGCAGGCGAGGAGAAACCGCCCGUGCGGGUUCAAGUCCAGGAGAAAGCAGGCGGACCCCGCAGACGCAAUCCGGUGGCACGCCGCGCGCCCCUCCGAUGCCGGCGACUCCGAGCCGCUUCUGUUGCCCUCGGAGCGCGACCGUCCGGGCCUUGACAACCCCGCCGCGCAGUUCCAUGACGAAGUAUCCGGCGGCGGCGGCGGCGGGACGAGAAGAGAGAAAGGUGCACAGGACGAGAGGGGAGGCGAGGCCAAACACCGCUUCCCAGACUGCGUGCGCGAGGACUCGACCGGCGACGCGUGCGCGUGCGUGCGCACCCUCUCCCAUUCCGCCAACCUGCAGUACUGCGAGUUCGCCGACACGGAGCGGCUCGUCGCGCUCCGGCCGGCGUGCCGCGGCCCCGAUGGCCGCACGCCCGGGGAGCUCGACCCGGGGUGA